CCAGCGGGAAACCGGAGCGCGGGGCACCGCGGUGGUCUUGGGAACAGGAGCCUUCGGCGUUCUUCCGCAGGGCAGCAUCAUAAAAAUCAAAUGAGAAUGGCCUUUAGCAAUCUGACAUCAAAGGCUAUACUACUGUAUGAUGAAUGGAUUAAAGAUGCCGAUCCAAGAUUGGAAGGCUGGCCACUCAUGUCUUCACCUUUUCCAACAACUUUUAUCAUUGGAACCUACGUUUAUUUUGUCACUUCCUUGGGACCCAAACUCAUGGAAAAUAAAAAACCUUUUGAACUCAGGCAGAUCAUGACGUUUUAUAAUUUUAGUGUGGUAGCCCUCUCUUUAUAUAUGACUUAUGAAUUUCUUAUGUCAGGCUGGGCCACAGGAUACUCAUUCCGGUGUGAUAUCGUUGACUACUCAAGGUCACCAACAGCUCUAAGAAUGGUGCGAACUUGUUGGCUUUACUUCUUUUCCAAGUUCAUUGAAUUACUAGACACUAUAUUUUUUGUGCUGCGUAAGAAAAACAACCAAGUUACAUUCCUGCAUGUCUUUCAUCAUUCCAUCAUGCCAUGGACCUGGUGGUUUGGAGUCAAAUUUGCUGCAGGUGGUUUAGGAACAUUUCAUGCUUUGCUGAACUGUAUUGUGCAUGUUGUCAUGUACACUUACUAUGGAAUCUGUUCUUUGGGACCAGCUUAUCAUAAAUAUUUGUGGUGGAAAAAGUACAUGACAACUAUACAACUUGUCCAAUUUAUUAUGAUUACAGUCCACAUAGGACAAAUCUACAUCAUGGAUGAUUGUCCAUACCAGUAUCCAAUUUUCAUGUUUAUUAUCUGGCUUUAUGGCUCCAUGUUUUUAGUCUUGUUUCUCCACUUCUGGUACCACGCUUACACGAAGGGACAAAGACUGCCAAAAAUGGCAAGAAAUGGCAUCAGCAAAGAUCAGUGAAACAAAUUAGUGUCUCUAAAACCAAAGAAAUGUAUCUGUCAAAGGGGAAACUUGCACUACUUGACAAUCAAGACAUUUAGGUGCGCACACUACAUGGUGUAUAUUUUGUAUGUUUUCUUCCAAAACAGAAUUUGUAUUUUUACCGUAAGUUAUUUGGGAUUCAGAACAUGGGAGUGGGGAAGAACUGUGGAUCUCUGAUUAAAAAACAAAAAGAGGUCUCUAUCUAGAAAAUGCACAAAAAUAAAGAUAAUUGGAAAAACUAAAAUGUGUAUGACAAGUACUGAGUACUUUGAACACACUUUGAGGGGGAUAAAAAAUACUUCACUUUAAAUGUUGUAAGUUGCUAAGACUGUCAGCUGCAUUUUAUUAUAAGAAUGAUUCUUCAGUAAGUACUGUUUUUAGAAUCUAAGGCAUAUUAAUAUAGUUAAUACAUAAAUAUUGUUACAUCUGUUUAUAAACUGUAUUACUUUAAAGGAAGGAUUGUAUGUUAAUCUGUCAAGACAGCGUUUCAUUUGAAGAUCACAGAUUUUUGGAUAUACUGUCUUUUACUAGGAGAACUGAAUUCAUUUCAUGUUCUACUCAGUUGAACAUUAUCGUAAAUGUUGGAAAGCUACUAAUAUGGGGAUUAUCUGAAUUGUCUUGUAGCAUACUGAUCAAAACAUCUUACUGAUUUGUUCACUGUUGUAGCCAAAUAUACUUAUUAUUCAAUGUGUCUAUGGAUAUACUUUAAAUUGGUAGCCUGUGUUGUUUGUGAAGUGGGGCUAGGAGGAUUAUGGAAUCUUUUAAUUCAAUAGCCAAAAUCUUAGUAGUCAAAUAAAAUGUAAAAAAAAAAAUUGAUUUAGUGAUUUAAAUCUGAAAUGUUGCCUACCAUGAUUGUACUGUGCUCUACAUUCUUCCAUUUCCAUUAUCUAUUGAAAUACAUGUCUAGAAAGA